UACACCUCCUUCCUAAUAAUAAUAUCAUCAUCUGCUAUCCUUUAGGUUUUGUUUUCUAUUUUGUGUUCCAGCCGAGCGCUAAAACUGAAUUGAUAAUCUAAUUGCAAACAAGUGAAAGGGGUUUCUGGCGAAACCCUUCAUACUUUUCUCUAGAAAUGGAGAAGUAUCUCAAGAGGAAGAAAAUUUUUCUGAAGAGUGAACAGUCUCAAAACAGUGAACCUUUGCUACAGACUUCUGAAGAGGGAGACGCUUUGCCGCUUUCUUCAAACUCCUCGUCCAUCGUGACUGCUCCAGUGGUAGCUGCCAAGAAACCAAAGCAAGAAGCUAAGAAGAAACCUGCACCAGUGAGGAAGAGCUCACGUAGAUCUCGAUCAUCAAUGGAAAACAUUGCAGGCGAAGAAGAACUCAUGAUGGACACAGCAGAAGUCGGCUUAACUGAAGAAUUAAUAGCAGAAAUGAAAGAGGAAACAGUGGAGGCUAUAGAGGAGACCGUGAUCGAGGAGAAAUUUGAAAUCCCUGACUUAGGUGCUGAUUUGUUAGUACCAUCAUUUUUGGAGGAAGAACGAACGAAGAAGAAGCAAGUUAGCAAGCCCAAGUCAAGUCCAGGUGUCAGUUUCCAGCAACCCGUAGAGGAAGAGGACCUUGUGUCUCCUAAGCUUGAAGUCACCGGAGUGUCUCGCUCAGGCCGCGUGCGCAAGAAGUCCUCAAAAUUGACAGACUUCAAAUCUCCAGAUGAGAUUGAUCCUCGGUACAAGCGGAAGAUGGAAAAGGGUGCUUUUGAAACUGCAAUCCUAGAAAGCCCAGUGAUUACUCCACCUUCGCGACCUAAAAAGAGCGCCAAGAAACCUACUCCCCCCGCUCCACCUCCUCCUCCUCCUCCUCCUCCACAGCCAUUGCAACCAGAGGAGUUGUUUUUCAAGGAUGAAGUAAUUGAAGAGGAGGAAGUGGUUUACCCUCAUGACACUCACAUGGAGUCAGACUCGGAUCCUGAUAUGCAUCACACUGAGGAAGUCGCUGAGGAUGAUGAGCACUUGAGUGACGACUCGGUUGAAGCAGACCAUCAUGUAGUUCAUGGAGAACUUGAUGACGAUGAUAUUGAUGAUGACGACGACGACGAAGAGCCUCAUCUUGUCUUAGACGAAUCUCCGAGGCCGAAGCAAACAAACCAAGCCAUGUCGCUAUACAUGAUGGAAAAGUCAAGGAAGAAGCUGGUUGUAAAAGAUGGAAAGAUUGUAGGGCGUCAAAAGGCACAGAGAAAAGACAAAGGGAAAACAAGAUACACCGCAUACAUGCUGUGGGCUAAGCAGGCUCGUAAGGAUGCUCUUAAAUUUGAUCCUGACAUGGAUUUCUCAACAACCAGUAAAAAACUUGGUGAAAUGUGGGGUCUGGUGCCUACCAGCGAAAAAUUAUCUUGGAGGCGAAGGGCAAAGCGUUUGUCCGCUAAACAGAAGUUGGAAGAAAAUCGUGCUUUUGCUCAGGGUCAGCAAAGGAAACUGAAAAACACUGCCCCUCCCCCUCAACCAAAACCUUCUCCAGCAAAACCGAAGCAGGACAGGCGAGCCCAAGGUCAACUUAACACACUUGCUGCUGCUGCGGCCGUCGCGCAGCAACAGCAGCUCUCUCAACAGCAGCAGCUUCAAAAUGCAUUGGCGGUUGCCGCAUCUGAAGUCUCGAAGAGCCCAGUGAAAUCAAGCCCUGUUGAUACUCACUCAGCGACGAUUUUCAAACCAGUCUCUACCGCCCCAGUGGACGUAGCUGCCCAUUUGAAGCUGCUUGGCGAAUCGCUGUCGAACAUUGGCGAGCGACUCAAAGAGCAUGAGGGUCAAAUUGCUGUGUCUGGAAGUGUGUCAGUGCUUCUCGACUCGCUGAUUUGCGCAAUGGGUCCAUUGCUCUGCCUCACUCAACAGGUCCCAGAGUUCAAUGUGUGUUCCCAAGAGCAACUUUCGCAAACGCUGGACUACAUUGCUUACAUUAUGCCUGGACUCUGAGUGAUUAAUGAAACUUAACAUAGAAUAAUGGGUGUACGAUUUAAGUGUAAAUAAAUUUUAAAUUAUGUGAUUUUGAAAA